ACCCGUGCGGCGCAGGCGCCUCCUGCCCCGCCGGCGGGGCCCGGGCUUCCCGCGGCGGGAUGUUCUCCCGAAGGAGCCACGGGGAUGUGAAGAAGUCCACUCAGAAGGUGCUGGACCCCAAGAAGGACGUGCUGACCCGCCUGAAGCACCUGCGGGCGCUGCUCGAUAAUGUGGAUGCAGGUGAUCUUAAGCAGUUUUUUGAGACCAACUAUUCUCAGAUAUAUUUCAUCUUCUAUGAAAAUUUUAUAACACUGGAAAAUAGUUUGAAAUUAAAAGGGAAUAAUAAAUCCCAAAGGGAGGAGCUGGACUCCAUCCUCUUUCUUUUUGAAAAAAUACUACAGUUUCUACCUGAACGAAUUUUUUUCCGAUGGCAUUACCAGAGUAUAGGCUCAACUUUAAAGAAGCUUCUACACACUGGAAAUUCUAUUAAGAUAAGAUGUGAAGGAAUCAGGCUGUUUCUUUUGUGGCUGCAAGCCCUUCAGACAAACUGUGCAGAAGAGCAGGUGCUGCUGUUUGCUUGCCUCGUGCCUGGUUUCCCGGCGGUCCCGUCUUCCAGGGGACCCUGCACGCUGGAGAUGCUCAUCAGCCCUGGCCCUAGCGCAGCUGAUGCAAAGAUCUAUCCAGAAGAAAUCACUCCACUCCUGCCAGCCGUAUCGGGGGAGAAGAUCGCUGAGGACCAAACCUGCUUUUUCCUGCAAAUACUGUUGAAGUACAUGGUUAUUCAGGCUGCAAGCUUGGAGUGGAAGAAUAAAGAGAAUCAAGAUACUGGUUUUAAAUUUCUUUUUACAUUGUUUCGAAAGUAUUAUCUUCCUCAUUUGUUUCCAUCAUUUACUAAGCUAACAAACAUCUACAAACCUGUACUUGACAUCCCCCAUUUGAGAUCCAAGCCAGUGUACAUUACUACAACUCGAGACAAUGAAAACAUUUACAGUACAAAAAUCCCCUACAUGGCAGCUCGUGUUGUUUUUAUUAAGUGGAUUGUAACUUUCUUUUUGGAGAAAAAGUAUCUAACUACAACACAAAACACUAAAAAUGGAGUUGACAUGUUGCCUAAAAUCAUCCAGACCGUCGGUGUCGGUGGUGGUGCUGUGCAGGACAGGGCAGCAGAGGCAGACGGUGGUGGACCCCCAGAGCAGGACAGAAACCACUCCAACAGCAGCACCUUGUCUGACCGAAGACUCAGCAACUGCAGCCUUUGUAGCGUCGAGGAGGAGCACCGCCUGGUGUAUGAGAUGGUGCAGCGGAUUCUCUUGUCAACGCGAGGCUAUGUCAACUUUGUGAAUGAAGUGUUUCGUCAGGCAUUUCUGUUGCCUUCCUGUGAGAUAGCUGUAACAAGGAAAGUAGUUCAAGUGUACAGAAAGUGGAUCCUCCAGGACAAACCUGUGUUCAUGGAGGAACCGGAUACAAAAGAUGCUGCCCAGGAAGAUACUGAAAAAUUGGGCUUUUCAGAAACUGAUAGUAAGGAGGCCCCGGCGGAAAGUUCGGGUCAUAAGCGCUCUUCCAGCUGGGGGCGCAGCUACUCCUUCACGAGCGCCAUGAGCAGAGGGUGCGUGACAGAGGAAGACAACACAAACGUGCGAGCCGGGGCCCAGGCUCUGCUGCAGGUGUUUUUGACAAAUGCUGCAAACGUCUUUUUGUUGGAACCAUGUGCUGAAGUUCCCAUGCUCUUGAAAGAACAAGUUGAUGCUUGUAAAGCCGUUUUAAUUAUUUUUAGGCGCAUGAUAAUGGAGCUUACAAUGAAUAAAAAGACUUGGGAGCAGAUGUUGCAAAUACUACUCAGGAUAACCGAAGCUGUCAUGCAGAAGCCAAAGGAAAAACAAAUAAAGGACUUGUUUGCCCAGAGCUUGGCAGGGUUACUAUUUAGGACGCUCAUCGUGGCUUGGAUCCGAGCAAAUCUCUACGUGUUCAUCUCUCGGGAGCUCUGGGACGACUUCCUCAGGGUGCUGUCCUCCCUCACAGAAUGGGAAGAGCUCGUUCACGAGUGGGCCAACAUCAUGGACUCCUUGACGGCUGUGCUUGCAAGAACCGUUUAUGGAGUGGAGAUGACAAACCUACCUCUGGAUAAAUUAAGUGAACAAAAGGAAAAGAAGCAACGAGGCAAAGGCUGUGUUCCAGACCCCCAGAAAGGAACCAGCGUGGGCAGAUCGUUUUCUCUCAGCUGGAGGAGCCACCCGGAUGUGGCUGAGCCGAUGCGAUUUCGGAGCGCCACCACGUCUGGAGCACCAGGGGCUGAGAAGGCCAGAAAUAAUGUUCGCCAGAAAGCAACCGAAGUGGAAGAGUGUCAGCCGUCAGAAACUGCUGGGUCUGGUCAGCUCGCAGUGGGACAGACGCAGGUCCUUCGAAGCAGCAGCACGUCUGACAUCACCGAGCCACUGAGCUCAGGUUCUUCUCAGGGACAAAAGGUAGAGAAGGCGCAGAAUGUGUGCUCCGAGGCCAAGCCUGCUGAAGACAUGCGAGGACACGUGAAGAAAGAUCAUGAAGCGAUAACAAUCUUGGUUCGAAGAAGUAGCAGCCCUGCUGAAUUGGAUUUGAAAGAUGAUUUGCAGCAAACUCAAGGAAAAUGUAAAGAAAGACAGAAGAGUGAAAGUACCAGUAGUGAUAUAGCUCUGGGCUAUACCAAUGAGGGAGAACCUUCUGGGAGCCUGUGGCAGCCCUGUGAGGAAGACCCAGAACUGAACACUCCCACAGAUGUUGUGGCUGACUCUGACGCCCGCCAUUGGUUACAGCUGAAUCCCACCGAUGCUUCAAACCUAACAGAUAGCAGUGAAUACCUGGCGGAUGACUGUAGUAUAAUUGCCGGAGGGAAUCUCACUGGGUGGCACCCAGACUCUGCAGCCGUGUUAUGGCGAAGAAUCUUGGGAGUCCUUGGAGAUGUAAAUAACAUCCAGUCACCCAAAAUCCAUGCCAAAGUUUUUGGCUAUCUCUAUGAACUCUGGUAUAAGCUAGCAAAGAUUCGGGAUAACCUAGCAAUAAGCCUGGACAACCAGUCUUCUCCAUCCCCUCCGGUCUUGAUCCCGCCACUCAGAAUGUUUGCAUCAUGGCUAUUUAAGGCAACGACGCUGCCAAAUGAAUAUAAGGAAGGCAAACUGCAAGCCUACAGGCUCAUCUGUGCCAUGAUGACCAGACGCCAGGACGUGCUGCCAAACUCGGAUUUCCUGGUGCAUUUUUACCUUGUGAUGCACCUGGGAUUAACCAGCGAGGAUCAGGACAUCUUAAAUACCAUCAUAAGGCACUGCCCACCCCGCUUUUUCUCCCUGGGCUUGCCUGGCUUCUCCAUGCUGGUGGGGGACUUCAUCACGGCGGCCGCCAGGGUCCUGAGUACAGACAUGCUGGCGGCGCCUCGAUUGGAAGCCCUCACCAUCCUCGGUUCCCUCGUCUGCUUUCCAAAUACCUACCAGGAGCUUCCUUUGCUGCAGUCAGUGCAAGAAGUGAGUGAGGUCAUGACAGGAAGCGAAGAUGUCAAGCAUUACCUCAUAAAUAUUUUACUGAAGAAUGCCACAGAGGAACCAAAUGAAUGUGCAAGGUGCGUUGCCAUCUGCUCGCUGGGCGUGUGGAUAUGUGAAGAGCUUGCGCAGUGUACAAGCCAUCCUCAGGUGAAAGACGCCAUCAACGUGAUAGGUGUGACUUUGAAGUUUCCUAACAAAAUUGUGGCUCAGGUAGCUUGCGACGUUCUUCAGUUGCUGGUUUCCUACUGGGAAAAACUCCAGAUGUUUGAAACCUCUCUGCCUCGGAAAAUGGCAGAAAUCCUUGUGGCCACGAUUGCUUUUCUCUUACCCAGUGCAGAACACUCCUCAGUGGAAACAGACAAGAAGUUUAUCGUGUCCUUGCUCCUCUGCCUCCUGGACUGGUGCAUGACCUUGCCGGUGAGUGCCCUCCUCCACCCGGUGUCCACGGCGGCCCUGGACGAGCAGCAGACGCCUCGAGCCCCGCUGCUGGAUUAUAUCUACAGGGUUCUGCACUGCUGUGUCUGUGGCUCAAGCACAUACACCCAGCAGAGUCACUAUACACUGACGCUGGCCGACCUGUCCUCCACCGACUAUGACCCCUUCCUGCCGCUGGCCGGCGUGAAGAGUUCGGAGCCCGUCCUGUACCAUUCAUCAGCAGAGCUGGGGAACCUGCUGACCGUGGAGGAGGAGAAGAAGAGGAGGAGCGUGGAGCUGAUCCCCCUGACUGCCCGGAUGGUGAUGGCGCACCUGGUGAAUCACCUGGGGCACUACCCACUCCACGGAGGCCCCGCCAUGCUGCACAGCCUUGUCAGCGAGAACCACGACAACGCGCACGCCGACGGCUCCGAGCUGUCCUCCGAGGUGUUCCGCAGCCCAAACCUGCAGCUGUUCGUGUUCAAUGACAGCACCCUCAUCUCCUACCUUCAGACGCCCACAGAAGGACCGGCUGGCCGGUCACCAGGGGGCGCCCUCUCGCACGUGAGAGUCAUCGUGAGGGAUAUCUCAGGGAAGUACUCUUGGGAUGGCAAGGUUUUGUACGGGCCUUUAGGAGGCUGCUUAGCGCCCAGUGGGAAGAAUCCUUCGUUUCUGAUUUCCAGCUGGGGUCAUCCCCCCUGUGGACCUCAGACAGAUUUUCCUCAAAUUGAGGAGGGAGAGGACAUCCUCGACCAACUACUUGAAAACAUUGGCCAUACGAGCCCCGAAUGCCUUUUGCCAUCGCAGCUAAAUCUGAACGAGCCUUCCCCGCCGCCGUGCGGGAUGAACCGUGAGCAAGAGCGGGAAAUCACGGAGGUCAUCCUGCGCCAGGACGCCCAGGAGGAGGAGUUCGUCCAGAGGUGCAGCUCUGAGGCUGCCACGAAGGUCACAGGCCAGGGGCAGCCGUCCCCGGUGGAGCCCCGAGGACCUUUCUAUUUCUGCAGGCUGCUGCUCGACGACCUGGGCAUGAACUCCUGGGACAGGAGGAAGAAUUUUCAUCUGUUGAAGAAAAAUUCAAAAUUGUUGCGAGAGCUCAAGAAUCUGGACUCCCGGCAGUGCCGUGAGACUCACAAAAUUGCAGUGUUCUACAUUGCCGAGGGUCAAGAAGACAAGUGCUCCAUCCUCUCCAACGAAAGAGGAAGCCAGGCGUACGAAGACUUCGUUGCUGGACUUGGAUGGGAGGUGGACCUUUCCACACACUGUGGCUUCAUGGGUGGCCUGCAGCGCAACGGCAGCACCGGGCAGACCGCCCCUUACUACGCUACCUCAACCGUGGAAGUGAUUUUCCACGUGUCCACCCGGAUGCCAUCGGACUCGGAUGAUUCUCUCACCAAAAAGCUCCGUCACUUGGGGAAUGAUGAGGUCCACAUCGUCUGGUCUGAGCACUCCAGGGACUACCGCAGGGGCAUUAUCCCGACCGCCUUUGGAGAUGUUUCCAUCAUCAUUUACCCAAUGAAGAAUCACAUGUUCUUUAUCGCGAUAACGAAGAAGCCUGAGGUUCCAUUCUUUGGACCUCUGUUUGACGGCGCCAUAGUGAGCGGGAAGCUGCUGCCCAGCCUCAUCUGUGCCACGUGCAUCAACGCCAGCCGAGCUGUGAAGUGCCUCAUCCCGCUUUACCAGAGCUUCUACGAAGAGCGAGCUCUGUAUCUCGAAGCCAUAAUUCAGAACCACCGCGAAGUCAUGACAUUUGAGGAUUUCGCAGCCCAAGUCUUUUCUCCCUCUCCCAGCUCCUCGCUCAGUGGAACGGAUUAACAUACCUGACACUCUGGUUGCAGUAGGUGAGCAAGGGGUCCUGGUCCCUGCCUGCGUGCCAGCCUGGAGGUGGAGACCCAUCAGGCUCCUGCAGCCCUCCCCUGAGUCCCCUACCCCCAAAACCCAGAGCCUGGGAGGGGCUUGGCAGCUGUGCACGUGCCCUCAGCAGGCCUCCCCCCCGGGAACUCCCAGAGUCACAGGUGGAUCCUGAGAGAUGGCUCAGGUGGGACUUUCACACAAGGCUGUGUUGGCUCAUCCCAAAACCCCACAAGCCGUGGGCUUCCAGAAAAGAAACCAAAAAAACCACCAACAGCCAGAGACAAACCCGUCAACCACAGGCACUAGUGGACGUCCACAGCAGGAAAGAGUCUGGGCUGCCAGGGAGGGGCCUGGGGGGGAGAGGAGGGGGACUGGGGACCGGUUCCUGGGCCCCUGCUGUCUCCUCUCAUUCAUAAACUCAAGCAAAACAAGGGUCGAAUUGAAGAAUUUUCUCCGUGUUGGUUUUGCUACUUUUGCUUCUGUUAGGAUUUAGGGUUCACUCAAAAAUUUCAUCAUCAUCCAAAUUGGCUCUCCCCGGGGCCUUGUGCCCAGGAGAAGUGUUCCACCUCGGUGGCUGAGUGUUUUUCCACCUGUGCCUGAGACCCACCGCCCGAGGAGAGGUGGUCCCGACCACCCAGGAGCCCUCCGGGUCCAGUCAGUGACACUGCUACCCAGCAACGCUCAGAAGAUUCUAGAAACACAAGGUGCUCUCCCAGUGAGAGUCCCUGUAGGGCAAGAGAAACGACCCAAGGCUCAGGACAGCAAACGCCAAUCAGGACAAUGGGCGAGUGCCAGGUGUAGGCGCCAGCCGGUGGGGGGAGGGGUGCCCUGGAAUGGCCGAGACAGCGCAUCGCUGGGGAGGGCCAUUCUUUGUCACACACAGGUGUAGGGUAACAGGUUCCAAGCAGGGAGGUCAGAUCCGUGUUUUUUACCCAUUUGGCUCUAAGCAAGGCCAUCUUGGGCCUGUUUACAAAAAGGAAAAGCCCCGCCCUUCUCUCUCAGCUCGCCCAGCUGCCUCGCUGACAUCUCCAGGUGGGCCCUGCUGUCCAGCAAGAGAAAUGGGUGCACAGGGAAUCCCCUGUCUCGCACUCAGGGACUGCUGCAGCCCCAGCUCUGCCCAGGAGCAAGAGCUCAGGGACACAGCCAAGGCCAGCGCCCACUGUGCAGUCUCUGCUCUUUCACAACGCACUGCGCUCAGACCAGGAGAGCAGCUGGUGACUCGCGGCCGCCAGCCCAGGGCUGGCGUUGGAAGGACAGCUUGGCCCUGUCAAGUUUGUUUUUCUGCUUCCUGAGGAUGGCAGGUCGGGUCCGGGGCCUGGCACACAGGACAGAGACCCAGGGAUGCAGCAAAGUGGAAGCGAGCUUUAAUCACCUUGGGCCAUUCCACCGGGGGCUGCUGGCGAUGGACAGAGUGACCAGGAGGUGGUUCCCCGUUCUCUGUUGUUUUUUGUUUCUUUUUGAGUAAACAGUGAAUCCUCACAGACUGGCGGUCUUGAGCUGCUUCCUUCCAUGUUUACAAAGCUCUCAGACCCCCACUGCUCAGCGCCUGUCCCGUCUCUGGAGCCCCCCGUAGGUGUCUGGCAGCGAGCAGCUUCUGGAAUGUUCUGUGUGCAGGAUCCAGAAAGGCCCGGUUGCAGAUACCUGGCGUUAGCAGAAGAGACGCGCCAGGACUCGGAAGUCGUAGUGGACUCCCCGGGACUCUCCUGCUCAGGGAUUGCAUUUGGCCUCCGUGAACCAGUGGCCCUGACCCGACUGUAGGCAGCAAGUAGCUCGCCGCUCCACUCCUCUCUGGUGGUUUUACCAACCCCUUGGUUUUCGGCCUGGAGUCCGCUCUUCUCAGAAACAGUUUGGUUUGGGGAUUCUGAGUGGGGGAGCGGGGAAUCUGGCACCCGUGUUUGCUCACAGUCACGUGGACUUGAGUCCUUUCUGUUAUCUGGGGUGGAAAAUUGUAAUGAGCAAGUUCUUUUUUUUUUUAAUUUUCGCUCAGAAAAGCAAAUACUGUGUUUUUGCAAUAAAUGCCUUUCAGUAACAAUUGCCGAGGCACAGUCAUCCGGGAAGCCCCCCCACCCCACCCCCACCCCAGUGGAGCCCAAUUGUGAUGACCCCAGUGGCCUGAGGCCGGGCCAGGGCGCAGCCCUCACCUGUCCGCCCACCAGGUCCCAGAUUUCCGUCUGAGUCGGAGUCCAGGCGAGAAGCCUCAUUUUGUACCUUAAAAGACAGGAAUUGCACGGAGUGAUGACUUUUCUCCAAGGAGGCGGGCCUUCCACCGAUGGAAAUGAGGAAACCCCGCACGGGUGAGGGGCUGUCACAAGUGUCAUCACACCCAAGCCCGCUGGGUGGACCAAGGAGACCCCCAACCAUCCAGACGAGAGACCCUGCAGCCCGCGGCGGGCCGCGUGGACCCUGUCUCCCUGGCCCCCCUCAGUGUGACCACCUGUGUCCCAGCCUGCUGACUGUGCCAUGUGGAGGAUGGAUGAGUCCCUUCACCCUCGCUGUGUGUCCCUCUCUACCCGCUGAAGGCCACGUCCUCAUCCGAAGGGAGACUCAGCGGGAAACAGCCGUGGUUUUUCUUUGCACUCGGCGUCUAUGUAUGAUCCACGUGAAGUGAAUGUUUCUUAACGCUUUCAGGUCUACCACGUUUAGUACAUGUAAAUAAGAAAAAAACUUUGAUAAAUACGGUAAAUUAAGUUAUAGAGUGUCAUUGGAUUCUUAUUUUGUUCUCUCUCGUUAUUUAAUCUUCCUGAUGAUCCACGCCUUUGCAGGCGUGUGUGUGUGUGUGCGUGUGCGUGUGCACGCGUGCCAGGACACACAGUGCUGGCAGCCACGCCGGGGAAAGCACACAGCUCCGUUGGUGACCGCCACUUGGCUCUCCACGUGACCCUGACUCCCUCUUCCAUUCUGAUUUACUGUGAUGAUUUAAAUAAAGUAGAAAC